GGUUAAAACGUUGGCACUCUCGAAGUACAUGUUCAUUGUUAAAAUGAAGACCAUAUUGUCAGUUGGGGCAUUUUGUGUAUCAAUAUUGUUCAUGCACAUUGAAGCAAAUACAGAUGUCGAAUUUCACUCAAUACUUGCUAGGCUUUCUUUGCUCGAAGAAAAACAAGCAUCUUCUGACAAACGAAUCGCUGCACUUGAAUGGGAAAAUAAGUUGUCACAGAAACGAAUAAAGGACUUAGAAAAAUACAAGACAUAUUCCGACCGAAGAGUCGUUGCGCUUGAAAGAAAAAAUGCAUUAUGUAACAGAAAGAAUAAUGAACUUGAUAUUCUAAUGAAACAGUAUGCACACAAGGUCGCAAUCGAAACCGACAAGUUGCUGUCUGAGAAAAACAACACAAUGGACGGAUACGAUAAGACACUUUCUUACAGGGAAGUCACAUCGUUUGUGAAUGACAAGAAUAGAUCGGACAGAACCCUCGCCAAGCCGAAUGGUAAAGAUGAUAAACUCACUGCUGCGGAUGAAAUGGCAAAUCGGCUUACUGCUGUUGUUCAGUCUGAGCACAGAAGAGUUGUUGCAGAGGGGAUUGUAGCAUUUUCUGCAAUGAAGGCAGCAGGCCAAGAACAUAUCGGACUUAAUCAGAACAUUAUCUUCGAGCAGGUUCUUACAAAUGAAGGGGGCGGAUACCACCCUAACCACGGUGUAUUCACAGCCCCUCAAUCUGGCGUUUACGUAUUCUCGUCAUCGAUUAUGGCUACUGCAAAUGGGGAGAUUCAUACUGCGAUAGUACAUAACGGAAACGCUGUCGCGCGUAUGUUUGCUCAUUCCGUUGGCACUCACGACCAAGGAAGUCAGACGGUUGUUCUUAGGCUGAAUGCUGGGGACGAAGUAGCUGUUCAAAAUAUUGACAUUUCAGAUGACCGAAUUUAUGGAGCGCUGUAUACGUCCUUCAGCGGAUAUUUGUUACUUCAAUAAACAAGUAGUGCGGGCUAAAGAGGAUGUCAACUGUUGAAAUAUUAUUUGACCAAUGCAACUAAAUGGGCCGGUACUUAUGCAAUGCUCACAUUGUAUAAAUAAAAUAAAAUUGUGAUGUA